GGAACUAAAAAAAAUUCUCGGAUAUGCAUUGCACAUCUUUUAUGAAGAUAUAGUUUCUUGAAAAUUUUACAGUGGAAAAAAGUUACUAAAAAUUUCGGAAACCCUAUGUAUAUAUAGUUAAUUGAAUAAAUUAUACACUUGUUAUGUAUCUGCUUGAAAUGUUUGACAUGCAUCUAUCUAUUAAAUCGGAUAAGAAAUCAAGAAAUCUUUUACCAUUUUAAAAUACGUUUUUUUUAAAAAUACAGAUUUCAUUUAUUAAGAGAUAUACUUAUGCUAAAUCGAAUUGAAAUACUUCACAUGCAUGGUUGUAUUCAAGCAGAUCUAAUAUUUUUCAUGCUUCUUAUGUUUAUAUAUUUUAUUUAUAAAUCGAAAAAAAUGAUAUCAUAUUUGAAAAUUUAAAAAUUCAUCAGAUCUGAGAUAAAAGGGGAGUAUUUACAUAAAAACAAUUAUGAACAAGAAUACCAUAUUAGAUCACUUUAGCCACUUCGAUCUGUCCUUUGUAGAAUGCUCCAUCUAUCUCCCUUCUCUCUCUCUCUAAUCGGCGAUCCAACGGAUUUCAAAAGAAAUCAGCGAUGUUUUUAUAAGAAUCAGUACGUGUGCGGCGGAGAGUGAUCCCAUGGGUGGUGGUGUCGUGCAGGUAGGGGAGGACACGCUUCAUGGCAGUGAGAUGAGUGCUGCAGGGGGCAUGAAGGUGGAGACACAGCUUCUGGACGGCAUAGGUGAGAUCCGGCUGUGUGAAAGUGGGCCUAGGGCCGAGAAGGCCAGGAUAGGGGCUGGGGUACGGUGUCUGCUAGGGCUGUCCAGGGGUGGAGCGGGGAUUCGAUCCAGAGCUUCGACCGCGACCGCGGUUGCGGUGACCGCCACGGCCACGGCCACUGCCGCUGCUGUGCUGGUGCUGUCCUCGACCGCCGCUGGUAUUGUGGGGACGCUGCUGGUGCUGUGGGCUGUGGAGGAUGGCGCUGGGGCUGCUGGCCGAGAGAAGGGCUAUGCCGGAGGAGUGGUCGUCGCUGCCCAGAUCUAUCCGUUAACGCUCGAUGAGAAGGAGUGCCGAGCGGGUUUGAAGGAACAUCGGGGCCGGCGUUUGAAACUGGAGGAAGGACGUUUGAUUCAGCAUAUCGUCCGGAAGCCCUCGGAGAACGUGCAGCACUAGUUGUUGUUCGGAGACUAGGGCAUCUACAUCGUCCAACCAAUCGGCCAAGUUUCAGAGAGCUUGGCAAUAGGCCGACAUGGAGAGCGACCCUUUCGUCGUCGUUCGGAAUUGGUGCUCCAAUUGCAUAGCCCGUGCAUGUUUGUUGUCAUGAAAUAGGGAGUGAAUAGAUUUCCAGAGUUCCG